CUGGGCUGAAGCACUGCCGGGUCGGGGCGAGCGUUCCCGCCGUGCCCGGGCCGGUCCCGGUUUCCCCCAGCCCCGCACCCCCGCUGCCGCCCGUCCCCGCUGGGUCAGAGGGAGGGAUGGGGCGGGGAGGAGACGCUGGGGGUGAGAACAGGCCUUGGCAACCCCCCUGCACCCCCCCGCAGCCCCCCUGCACCCCCCUUGCAUCCCCCCCGCUGCUGCUGCCCGGGCCCUGCUUGCCGCCUGCCUGCUUGAAAUAAAGCUCCGUCCCCCCAAACCCUGAGACCCUUCCCCUUAACCCCCCUCCAAAAAAAAAGAAACAACCCACAAAAAAAACCCCAAACCCUGCCCCCAGCCCCUCUCCCCACCAUGAUUUUGCUGAGCUGCUUCUUGCACCUCCGCCCCCCCCGCUUGGCGGGGCUGGGCAGGGGGUCCCGCCCCACCUGGGGGUCCCGCAGGGCUCUGCGGGUGCUGGUGGACAUGGACGGGGUGUUGGCUGACUUCGAGGGAGGCUUCCUCAAGAAGUUCAGGGCCAGGUACCCCGACAAGCCCUACGUCGCCCUGGAGGACCGGCGGGGUUUCUGGGUGUCGGAGCAGUACGGGCGCCUGGCACCGGAGCUGCGUGAGAAAGCCAUCAGCAUCUGGGAAUCCAAGAACUUCUUCAUUGAGCUGGACCCACUCCCUGGGGCUGUGGAAGCUGUGAAGCAAAUGGCAAAUUUGGCUGACACCGACGUGUUCAUCUGCACAAGCCCCAUCAAGAAGUACCUCUACUGCCCUUAUGAGAAGUAUGCCUGGGUGGAGAAGCACUUUGGCCCCGAGUUUCUCCAGCAGAUCGUCUUGACACAUGAUAAGACAGUGGUUUCUGCUGACCUGCUGAUAGAUGACAGACCUGAUAUCAUAGGGGCUGAGCUGAACCCCACCUGGGAGCACGUGCUCUUCACAGCCUGCCACAACAAGCACCUGCAGCUGAGGCCCCCCAGCCGCCGGCUGCAGUCCUGGACUGAUGACUGGAAGGCCAUUCUGGACAGCAAACGCCUGCCACCCGGCCAGGCCACCUAAUCCCUGGCCUCCUGUGGCCUCUGGGGCUGUGGCCACCCACUGCUGUCCCCACAGAGUCCUGCUGAAGGCUGAAACCACAGAUGGACAGGCAGACACUGUCCCUGCUGCAGAGAGGAAGAGGAGGGGGACCUAAAGUGCCACAGCCACCUGGACCCAGGGAGCAGACCUCAGCCUGCUGUGCCACAAGGGACCUGCAGCAGGACUGGCCCUGCAGCCCAGUUGGGAACAUUUCCCACCAGCUCUAGCAGGUGGAUACAGGGACAGCACCACUUCUUGGUGGAUCUGGCCAUGGAGAGGGAGCCCUGGGGCUCCUGAGUCACACCCGAAAUGCAGCUGUCCUCCAGCUGGCGGAGGGAACCCUGCUCACCCUCAUCCCUGGGAAGCUGCCACAGCUUUAGAGCUGAUUUGAGAUGAAGAAGGGGGGAUUCUUCUCCCAUCUCCUCAUUUCUGGAGGGCUGCUUGUCUGGGGCAUCACUGGAGCAGUGAACAGGCAGGGGCAGUGCCAGGACCAGCCCUUCCUGGAGCAGGACAGCUCCUGCAGGAGCUUGUGGCUCACCCUGUCAGCCGAUGAUCGGAUGGCAACUCCUUGGAUUUCAAAGCCAGGAAGGUCUGCACAUACAGGCUGCAGGGUCAAAGCCUCCAGUCUCUCUUCUACUGGUAGUGUCCAACAUCAGCCUGCCAGGAGAGCUCUGAGUGUUCAUCUGCCAGGCACCCUGCUUCCACACAGAAGGUCUUGGGCGCUGUGUCCCAGCAGGGUCAGGCACUGGGAUGGUGGAUGCUGAGGAGCAUCCUGAAGCCUUCAGUGCAGAGCUGCCCAUGAAGAUGCCUCUGGGUGGAGGGGGAGGCUGGUUGAGGAGCUACAGCAUCGCUGAGAAGAGGGUAAAGGAGGGGGACCAUGGGUGUCUGAAGGGCAGGCUGAGGGCUGGGUUGGUGGAGUUUUGUCACGGCUGCAGCCAUGGAUGCUGUUUUCAGUCCUCACCUACCACGUGGGGUGAAGUUGGGGCAACGUUGCUGUUGGAGACUUUUGGAGCCCAUCAGAAGUGCCCACAAGGCUGUAUCACAGGGUUAAUUUGUUCUGCAGCUUCCUGUGGCUCUACUGCUAUCCUGGCUCUGGGUGUGUGGGGAUGGAGUGUCCUGCUGGCCCCGCUCACCCUGUGCCAGGACCCCUGCAGCGAGGUGUUCACUGUGUGGCUGCUGUGAAAGGGCUGGUGGGGAUGUGACAGCUUGUGCCAGCCACCACCACCAGACGAGCACACUGGGGCUGCUGAGGUCUGUGAGUGACCAGCACUGCUGGGAAGCUGCACCUGGACACUGAAAAAGGAGCAUUUGGACCAAGGAGCAGCUCCAAGAUGGGUGUCUUUUGCAUAGAUGUGCCCAUAACUUCUCUCUCCACUGCUUGGCUUCUUCCUGGAGCCUGCACCAGCCCAACCUUGAACUGCAGCCACCCAUCUAGCAACAACGUGGCCCUGGAGAAGAGACAUCCCAGCUGCUGGAGAGAGCCAGGCAUCCCUCCCUGCCUAGAGUGGAGCUGGUGCUGGGCUGCCCCAGGCAAAGGCCCAAGGGUCAUGCUGGGAGCACCACAGCCAGUGUGCUCCUGUGUCACUGCUGGCACAGUAAGGCCCCUGCUCCCACACCGCCUGGGAUCCCACCACACGGUCCUGCUCUCCCUACCCCAGGACUUGCUGGUUGCAAGAGUAAAAUUCCCUACUUGGACACAAAGCCCCGUGGCCAGGCUCAGCCAUGCUGCAGUGCUUGUGCACACCCUGGCCUUGCCUCUCCUCUCCCCUGUGGGCCAGCAGCAAAAAACCUGUGUGAGCUCAAAGCUACGUAGCCAACAAAUAACCUAUUUCAGCAGCAGCAUCCAGCCCCCCACCAUGUCCAGGACCUGCUGGAGGGGCUACUGAAGUUGGUGCUUUUGAACCUGUGCCUUCCCUGGCUGCUGCAGGGCUAGGGAUGAAGUCCACAUCAUGGUGGGUCUUUCUGAAAGCUGCCCCACCUCUUGGGCUGGAGUAACUGUGCAAAGACAGCACAGUUUGGCCCAUGGCAGUGAGAGUUACAUACCAAAAGGAUCUGUUGUUUGUUUUUUUCUGUUUAAACCACUGUUUCUCUGGGUGUAUGGUUUGAUUUGGGGGGUGUAUCUGGGGGGGGGGAAUGUUUGCAAUGUGUGGCCACCUGAGAUGCAGCCCCAUAGCCAAGAGCCACCUUGGCUGGCAGGUUUGCAGGUGAGGAGGUGGGACAGUGAGUGAGCACCACGGGCAGCCACUAUGGCUGCUUGCCUGUUUGUGCAGCUGGGGUGGCCUCAUGAGGUUCAAGCUGUUUUCUUUCCCAGCAGCACCAUUUAAACAUGAGUUGCCCAAGCUCUCCUUGCAGCCCAUCCUGGCACGUCAUUCCAGCAGCUGCCCAAACCAGCCAUCUUCUCCCAGAGCUGGUGCAGACCUAAGGGAUGCGGCUCUCCAGGGACCAGCAGGGCUCUCCCCCUUGGUGGAAUGUGUGAUUCUGGAGACACCGUGUGGCUUCACACCAAACAUACUUGAAAGCAGAGCUGCAGUUCCUCAUGCAUGGGGCUCUGGCCAGACGCACAGAAAUUCCACGCAGGUCACUGAGCUCAGGGCUGGGAGGUGGCUCUCCAUUGCCCUUUUCAACCUUCAAGCCCUUCUGUGGCCAGCUAAGAUGCACAGAGCUGCUGUUUUUAAAUGCACAAUCUAUAAAACUGAGGCCAAUGAGGAGCACUGCAAUAAACACUGGGGUUUAUUGGCAUCCAGCUUCCUGGAGACAGAGUUCAGGUCUUGCAGUUUUGCUCUACCCUGUGUGAGGACAUGGGGGGUUGAGUGUGGGCUUGGGCAAGUCCCAGUGUCCAAAAAGCCCGAAACCAGCCCCCAGCAGUGCUGUGACCCCAGAAAUAGGGGUGGGUUUAGGUAGUGAUCCACUUCCUAAAGGUUUUUUAUAAUAAAUAAAGCUGUAAAGUGUGUUCCCUGUUGGGAGAAGCAAUAAAAGAGGCUGGAGCUGUCA